AUGAAUGCGAAAGGCGUCAUUCUGCAGGCCUUCGAACACUUUCGUUUGAAGUCAUGUAUUGAUUUCAAGCCCAGAACGUCUGAGGAGUACUACCUUUCAGUCAGAGGGAAUACAGGGUGUUCCUCUUAUGUUGCAAGGGUUAUUAAAGGUGGCCAAGUUAUUUCCAUCGGUAAGGAAUGCGGUUAUCUUGGUACAGUGGAGCAUGAGUUUCUCCAUGCUUUGGGUUUCUAUCAUGAGCAAUCACGAUAUGACCGAGAUGAUUACAUAACCAUCAUCUGGAAGAACAUCAGAGAUGGAUUUGAGAGAAACUUCAAGAAAUUAACCCUGAAUUCAAGUACAUCACUGAAUGCUCCAUAUGACUACUUAUCAGUCAUGCACUAUGGCAAAGAUUUCUUCUCUAAAAACUCAGAAAGCACAAUUGCCACUAAGUUACCCCAGUACCAGAACAAAAUUGGCCAGCGACUGGAAAUGAGCCCCAUAGAUGUGUAUAAGCUGAAUCGCCUUUAUAACUGCAGCACAACCGUUUCUUUUAUGGAGUAUUGCAGCUUCUCCAGUGCCAAUAUCUGUGGAAUGAAUUAUUGUGAACAAGGUUUGACCAAAGGUUGGAAGAGAAUGAGUGUUGCUGCUUCAGGUCCUUUUACUGACUACACCAAUCUGAACAAAAAGGGGGGGUACUUCAUGCAUGCUAGCACAGCUUCAGGCCAAGAAGGAGACUCAGCCUGGCUGGAGACCAAGAGAAUGAGACCCACUAGGGAGUGUCAUGUCCAAUGUCUCCAGUUCUACUAUUACCAUAGUGGGAGUCAAUCAGACCAGCUCAAUAUCUGGAUCAGAGAGUUCCAGGAUGAGACCGACUCUACAGGAAAUCUCCGCCUCAUGGAGCAGAUCACUGGUCGACCAACCUUUGCUUGGCAGUUUUACAAAGUUCCCCUGAAUGUCUCCAAGCCUUUCCAGAUUGUGUUUGAGGUCCGGAACGGAAAUGAAGUCUCUUCAGGAGGCUUUUCCAUUGAUGACAUCAACCUGUCUGAGUCUGAGUGUCCACAUAAUGUAUGGCAAAUUCCGGACUUUAAGACGCUUUUGACAACCUCUGACAACAACAGUUAUCUAUUUAGCCCUCGGAUGUAUUCUACAGAAGGUUAUGCUUACCAGGUGAUAAUUGUUCUGCGCAAAACCUUUUUUGGAGUUUAUUUUCAUUUAGUGUCAGGUGACAAUGAUUCGACACUGGAAUGGCCUUGCCCAUGGAGGCAGGUGACCCUCAUCAUGCUGGACAAGCACCCUCAGGUUCAGCAACAGAUGUCCAAACAGAUCACUCUAACUACUGAUCCAUCAUCGGCUAUAUUUGACAACCCUCACAAAGUGGGAACACUAUUUACUAUGAAUGGAGAAACUUAUUAUGCAAACCCAGACAACGGGCUGAACUUCUUUUUCUCCCUGGAAGAAAUUAGCAGUCAAGACUUCCUUAGAGGGGACACUGCUGUCUUCCUCAUUUCACUGACAGAUAUUUCCAGUCUGCAGCAUAACAGCUCUCUGCCUUGCCCAAAACAUCCAUUAAGCAAAUUUACAAAUACCUACCCAAGUAGCUAUGACAAAGGCCCAUGUGACAAAAGAUUGAAUACUAAAUCAUAAAUCAUAGAGCUUUAUUCCUUGGAGGACCAGUCUCAAAAUGGAAGCAUCAAGAAUUGGAGAGUCUUCCAUCUGUCAGCAUGAUCCCAUCUUUCCUCUUUAUGCUUUCUGCAAUUCAGUUUACUGCUUUAUGUGAUUCCAACUCUUAAAAGGAGUCAGUAAAACAAACAAUAGGGGCACCUUUAGUGCUCGACUAAACC